AGAUGACAUGGAAAUAAAUUAUCAUAGAAAAUCAAUGAAAAAUAAUAAAUCAACUAUUCAUGAGCAUAAUAUAAAUCGUCGACAUUUUCAUAUUGAACUAUUGAAUGAUCAACAUAUCUCAUGUACAGAAUAUGUUCGUUUAAAUGCAUCAGAUAUAAAAUUAUGCAUGGAAAAUGAAAUGAAAUUGUUACAAAACAAUAAUAAUGAAGCUCAGAACGAACUAGAAAUUGAUUGGAUUAAAACAAUUGAUGAAUCACCCGAGAAUAUUGAACCAAUUUUGGAAUAUUUUGGAUCAAAUAAUAAACGACAACAAUCUGUGAAUAUUAAA